AUGGCCUCGCGGGUGCACACCCUCUUCAACCUCGAGCUGAUCAUGUGCGUCGGCUCGUACUACAUCUACCAGCGCUACAAGGCGGCCAUUGUAUCCUACAACGAAGGCCACCACCGACCACUAAACCGGAGAUGGACCCAAAUCUGCCCGGCCGACGUGUUGAAGGGCGCCUUGUUGAUCUUCUUGGCCUGCGGACAGUCAGCUUUUGCGUUUUACAUGGUCCGAGGCCAAACCGAAGUGUCCACCGCCGCCCUGCUGUGCCUCAUCUGCUUGGCCGGUUACCUGCACCUCUUCAUUCUGCUCCUCUUCUCCGAUCUCGUGCUCUUCAUCUCCUACUUCUUUGCCAAGGUCACGGGCAAAAUUGAGGAAGAGGGCGGAAUGUCGAGCUUUUGCGAGAAGUACCGACUCUCACAAGUGCUGCUGGUGACCAUCGUGGCCGUGUCGUUGAUCAGCGUCGGGUUGUAUCGUACUUUUACACCGCCCUCGGUCGUUGACGAGACGUUCAAGACUACGAAAUUCAAGCCCGGCUCCGAACUCCAAAUCGCCCUCCUCAGCGAUUUGCAUAUCGGCCCAAGCGUCGGCCGAAAGCGAGUGCAAACCAUCGUCGACGUGGUCAACAGCAUUAAUCCGGAUAUCAUCGCCAUCAGUGGUGACCUGGCUGAUGGAUACGUCAAGGAUUUGGGCGAGGCGGCCAAGCCACUGUGCGAGCUCCGGUCGAAAUAUGGCGUGUACUUUGCGACCGGAAACCACGAGUACUACCACGGCAACGUCGAGGAGUGGUUCACGUUCCUGCGCGGCUGCAACAUCAAGGUGCUGCACAACGAGAACUUCCGAUUGACGACUGGGAAGGGUGAAUCAGUGUGCGAGCUAUUUAUUGAUGAUCUAACACGU